AUCUCCUCACUAUCAUCGUAUCUUUGGAUCUUAGCACAGACGUAUAUCGCACAUCUGUCCCCGUAUUCGCCGUUCGUCCAGUGUCCAGUGAAUCGAGCAGCAUUCGCAAGGAUCGUCCACGUCGCAGUUUCUUCGACGUUCGUGCGUUACCUUGGACCUCUGCGUUCGUGAACAGGCAACAGGAUGAUGAGCUCAACGAUCGUGAUCCUCUUUUCAAUGACAACCAUGGCCAUAUCCUAUAACAAUGUCCUGGCAGCUUUACCAACCCAAUGUAAUCCUGGCUUCUUGGAUGAUCUUCCACCGAGGAUCCGGAAGGUUUGCGCCGCUCUUUCAAGGAUAUACGAACUUGGUUCAGAGAUGGAAAGCUAUAUCGAUGACAAGGAUAAUCAUAUAUCAGGGUUUCACGAAAGCAUCCCGUUACUGGACAGUGGCGUUAAGAGACAGGACGUGGAUCAUGUUUUCCUACGCUUUGGAAGGCGUCGUUAAACACGACGCAAAUGACGCCUCGCACUUGAAACGAUCCAACAGUUCGAUUCACCGUAUCGUCAAGCUACAAAAGAAGAAAAAAAUGUCUGCAAACUCCAUUUAGAGAUCCUUACUUGGAUUCAUAUUGCAUAUAUCAAUUUGUGUUUCUCCUUAAUAUCGAAUAAUUAAAUCUGACAGUAACUAUAAGCGAGCAAAA